ACCACAGCUCCCGUACAGGUAAUGACAUCAGGUGCCCCGUCGGUGGCCUCGCGCGCUGUGGGCGUUUUCGCGGUUCUGCGCGCUGCCGCAGGUGGGCCGCGAGCUCGGACGUCUAACAUAACGGUAAAACUGCGCUGGAAGACCGGAAAUGGACAGCAGUUGCAGGUAUGCACUUUGAAGAAGCUGAUGGAGGUGGAGGGUUUGCGGGGAUGUACGGUGGUGGAACUUCAUCGAGUGACGGCAACUCCAUCAUGAUCCGCCGUGUGUAGAAGAAGUUCUGGACGAUGAAGCAGGUGCUCAUUAAAGCCACAGGCAAGAAGGAGGACAAAUACAUGGUGGCCUCUGAUGCUGACCUUGAUGCUAAGCUCGAGGACGAGUGCUUUCACUCUGUUCAGACCACCUGCACAGAACUACUGAAGGUGAUUGAGAAAUAUCAACAGAUGAUCUCAUACAUCUCCAGGGAGGAGAAUGAGCUGGGGCUCUUCCUGCUCCACCAAGCACAGCAUGACUGGACAAAGGCAGGCAGGAUAACGGAGACCACUGGCAAGGCUCUCCUGUCCUCUGCCAAGUUGAGGCAUACACUGGCAGCCCCAAUACAGAGGAUACAUCAAGAUGUGGGCACAUUUCACCGACAGGCCAUUGCUGACACCCUGCUGACAGUGACUGACAUGGAGAGAGCGUGCACUGAAUACAGGGGGGCUCUACUAUGGAUGCGGGAUGUCUCCCAGGAGCUGGACCCUGACACCUACAAACAGCUGGAGAAGUUCCGCAAGGUGCAGGCACAGUUGCUCAUGAACAGGAUAAAGAGGAUUGUGAAGGGAUGUCCUCCCUGCAAGACCACCUCAACCUGGGCCCUUCUUGAAGUGCAGAGUUCACCUGUGAGUGGCAGGAUGCCUUUGGGGCCUUCAGUCCCAGACCAGCCUUCUCUAUGGGUGCUUCUGCCAAACCGCAAACCUUCUAUCCAUUUCACUUUUCUGGGCCUGCUGGAUUCCUGCCCUCUCAGCUGUUGGACCACAACUUGAGCUCCACAGGCUGGACAGUCCCAUCCCUGUUUCACGUUCCACCAAUACAGUCCACGCAGCCUGCUGAUGUAGUCCCGCCCUUUCUGAGUUCCUCUACAAUAGCUGCCAAUGUGCCCAGGAGUUUGCCAC